AAAGAAGAAGAAGAAGAAGAAGAAGCAGAAACACUGAGCGCUUUCGUUAACCCAUGUCUCAUGAUUCGAUCCUAGGAGCGGCUGUCGUCGCAUUCCAAAGGUGGAAUUACCAUCCCGAUGGAAUGUUGCAGCCCCAACCUCCGUGCAAACAGCCUCAACACGAAUCAUCAUACCACCCAACCUGCGGUGUGGAACCACAUCGGGCAGCAGUUGUGAAGUUAAUAGUCAAGCGGCUGGUCCCUUCCAUGCAAUGCAGGUGAGCUGUCACGAAAGUUUUGACGUCGCCGUACAUAGCAUUCCGCUCGAAGGCCACUACAUACAUUAUACACGAUGGCACUAUACAACGGUGCUCAGGGAGAGCGGCUCCAGCUACUUUUUCUCACUAUGUCUACGUUUGUUUUUGUCGACCUGGGGCCCUGGUGUUACUGCCUUGUUCACUUUCUCGAUUCCAGUUCAACACGAUGACCAACGAUACUGACAAAGAUCAAGCAUUGGCAACUAGCGACAACGCAGAAGCUUUGCUGGUCUACAGUUCCUCUGAGCAAUUUAAUCACGAGCAGAAGCGCAGGAAACGGCCCUCGGUUGUUCUAGGAGCACUCUGUGUUCUCUUUCUCUCGAGCGGGAGUGGCAUUGCACUUGCCAUGUUACUUGUACUUGAUCCCGUCGAAGUGCAAGGCGCCUGUCUGUCACGAGACUUUAUACUACAAGCCGCGCUGCUGUCACUGUUAUAUAUCGCCUUACAUAUCCGGGUAGCGCUGCGAGAUUACACAAGGACACAGCCAGGGCCGCCUCAUAUGCACAGGAAUUAUUUACAUACCACUGCGCUACUUGUCGCACGGCUGUCCAUAUCAGUCUGGGCUUGUGCCCUGAUCGCGACGUCUGUAAUGAUCUCACGGGCACUGCCUCUGGAAGGGUUGGCAAGCAAGGUGCCGGUUCUCAACCUAUUACUAUGCAUUGGUGCACUGUAAGACGUUCAUAAACUGCCUCGCAGGCUCCAGGCUGAUAGGAUUGUAGGCCAUCGUUUAUU